GGGGGGGGGGGUUGGUACAUAGCCAAAGAAGCUGUUUUUAUCCUGUCCUCUAAAGUUCUAGCCAAAUAGACAAGUUCUGCAACAGGUGGAGAUACUUGCUACUACUUUCCGAAUCUGUACUAAGGGCAUUCAGUAGAGGAACAGUGUAAAUGGGAUUUAGCGCAAUUCUUGACGUCUGCAUCAAGUGCAGCAGUUUGGAAUACGAUUGCGUGCCUCCUACAUUGAUUGGAAACAGUGACAACAGUGAUAAUACGGAAUGGCAUCUAAGACACAAACCAAAUGGAACGCACGGAGGUCUUCCGCGGCACUACAUGGAAAGAAACAGUCGGAGUUAGAGAUGACAGACGCUGCGACCGGCAUCUCUUUUGAGCCUGGGCGGGUCAUUUGCAAUAGAAAUCUUUUAGCAAGAGACCAAAUGUCCGAGGAUAAUACACAAACUGAUGGCAUCACCGUCCACACAACGGACUCUCACCCGCAACAAUCUCACUUUCCUGAGUUGAAUCUCACCCACCGGAUGUCUGUGUAUAGCGCAACCCGUCCCGUCAUCACCCGCACAUACCUUCAAGGACGCGUGUAUAACUUUCUGGAACGACCGUCGGGGUGGAAAUGCUUUGUAUAUCACUUCACAGUGUUCCUCAUAGUCCUGGCCUGUCUAAUACUAAGUGUUCUAUCCACCAUAGACCAAUACCAGGCCUUGGCCCACGAAACUCUCUUCUUCGUGGAGAUUGUGCUGGUAGUGUUUUUUGGUACAGAGUAUGUAAUACGCCUCUGGUCAGCAGGAUGCCGCAGUAAAUAUGUGGGGAUCUUGGGCAGGCUGCGCUUUGCCAGGAAACCGAUUUCCAUCAUUGACCUCAUUGUAGUUGCUGCCUCUAUCAUUGUGCUGGCAGUGGGUUCCAAGGGUCAGGUUUUUGCGACAUCUGCAGUUAGGGGCAUCCGCUUCCUGCAGAUCUUACGGAUGCUCCAUGUGGACCGCCAGGGGGGAACGUGGCGCUUGCUGGGCUCCGUGGUCUUCAUUCAUCGUCAGGAGCUGAUCACCACCUUGUAUAUAGGCUUCUUGGGCCUGAUCUUCUCUUCUUACUUUGUAUACCUGGCAGAAAAGGAUGCUGUUGACAGCAAUGGUGUCACAGAGUUUGGGAGCUACGCUGAUGCUCUGUGGUGGGGGGUGGUGACGGUCACCACAAUAGGCUAUGGCGACAAAGUGCCUCAAACCUGGAUUGGCAAGACCAUAGCAUCCUGCUUCUCAGUGUUUGCCAUAUCCUUUUUUGCCUUACCUGCUGGCAUACUGGGUUCUGGCUUUGCCCUGAAGGUGCAGCAGAAACAAAGACAGAAGCAUUUCAAUAGACAGAUCCCUGCUGCUGCCUGUCUUAUUCAGACAUGCUGGAGAUGCUUCGCUGUAGAGAACCCUGACUCAGCGACCUUCAAGAUGUUUGUGAAGAGGAGAUUCACACUUCAAAGCUCCUCAGUGUCCAGCCCCAAGCCCAAGAAAACCGCGAAGAUGAGGAGGAAGCUGAGGAGCAGUGAGAAGGACUACGGCCCUGGUUCACCCACUGUCCCCAGCAUCACAUUUGACUCUGUGUUUGACAGCAACAAGGACCUGAGCUCUGAUAUCUACAGCACUGUGUGCACGGCUGGAGCCCAUAAUCUGGGAGGAUGUGAUCACCAGCAGUCCUGGCCCUCCCUGUCCUCGAUUCAGUUCAGCUCACCAUUACCAGUGAAAAAGAGCCGUCCUGGUUUUCUGGAGGUGCAGUCUCCACCUCCCCUACAGAGGAACAGUAGCUUUGCAGAUGACCUUGAGCUGGAGGGAGAGAGAGAGAGUGACCUAAUCCCAGUCACACAUGUAUCACAGUUGAAGGACACUCAUAGGAGGGCUAUUCGUGUGAUCCAGAGAAUGCGCUACUUUGUUGCUAAGAAGAGAUUCCAGCAAGCACGUAAACCUUACGACGUGCGAGACGUAAUUGAACAGUACUCCCAAGGACACCUCAACCUCAUGGUGCGCAUCAAGGAACUGCAGAGAAGAUUGGACCAGUCUCUUGGGAAGCUGAGCCUGUUCCAGACCAGUUCAGAGAGAGCCAAAGAUAAAGGCACCAAUACAAUCGGCUUCAGACUAAACAGGAUGGAGGACAAGAUCACACACAUGGACAAGACGCUGAACCGCAUAGCUGAGUCCCUUAACCGCCUGUUUGGCCAGGUGGAUCUAGGGGUGGUAGGGGAAGGACCGGUGGGAGGGGGCAGGAGAAGAAGGUCCCAGGAUGUUGAUGGGGGAGCACAAGGAGCCAACUUACCCAGCCAGGACAGCCUGCCGAGCUAUGACCAGCUCUCCACUUGCUCUGCCUCUACCCUCAACGUGCCCCUCGACUCCACUCACAACCUGGACGAGAGUUGCUAAACUGUAUUCAUACCAAAAACCUCUG